AUGAUAAACUCUGAUUCACUAUUAUUUUCAUUAUUAAUUGCAAUUACAGCUUCUUUAAUAAUUAAGUCUAGGAAAGAAAAUGCUUUUUCAGUAUCUACUGUAGAUUCACUACUUUUAUUGGAUUCUUCAUCAUGA